AUGCAGAGCCAGGCAGAAACGGCUGAGAGAGAACAAGGUUAUCCGAUUGUGGAACAUGGAAAAUCCAUGGGAACCCUGGUUUUGGUGACGAAGGAGUCAGCUGGUGUGGAAGUUAAUCUUGAACUGAAUAGAUGUUGGGUAUUCCCUCACAUUGUCGGACAACGGUGUUUGGCAGAAGGGUUGCAGGAGACAAAAUUGGUGAAGUUUUGGAUGCUGAAAUGUUUGGUAUCAAAGGGGAGCCUGGGCAUUUCAUCAAGGCAGGCAUCCUCUCAAAACUCAGCCAGAUCUAAUUCUAUCAAUGGGUUGUUCCGCUCGUUCCUUACAACUUGCUCUCACCUCCGUCCCGCCGCCUCCCGUCUUUUUCUUCCAUUCCACCUCCUCCUCCCGCUCUUCGCUGGUUUCGGUGCCCCGGCGAUUCCCCGCCAGCGAGCUAGCUACGACGGCUUUACCAAGCAUUGUAUCAGUGAGCUGAGGAUUCUGCCUUGUGAUGAAGAGCAGGAGCCGCUCGAGUAUGGAACUUGCAAGAAGUGGAAGAGCUCAAGAAUGACGCACCCGAUCGAGAACCUUUUCUCAAUAUUGAAGAAAUGUGAUAUUCAAAGGCUUUCAGGGGUGUCAACAUCUUUGAUGAACUACUCAGUUUCUUCUGUAUAA